AUGAAAUUCAUGCGCCAGAUUGGUCGGCGACUACGAUAUCUGCCGCACAGCAUCAAGUUAAAGCCAUACCCCGGAGGCAUUCUGGUCAGUUGGGAAGACAAUGAGGCGGAAUCUUUUCGCAUGCUCGGCCCGAACGGCCCAGACUAUCAUGUUGUGCUUCAUGAUGACAAUUGUGCGAACACUGAGAUGGCGCUUCUUCACGAUCAAGCAGCCCUCCCCUACGAGACGGUGCCCUGUGGCUGCCGCCAGCAGUCCGCUCGUCAGACACACCGAAAGUGCCUCUUUACCGGUCUGUCGCACACAUCGACUUAUUAUGCCACGAUUGCGCUGAACGAAGAUCGAGCUUUUUAUGGGGUGCCGUCUGAUCGACUAUCGCCGGGGUCGUAUGAGAGUGUGGGGGGUCUUUCCCAGUAA